AUGGCAGACCGAGUGCAGGCCUCCGUUCGGGUCUCGGGGCCACCCAACAGUCAUUUUCUGGUUGGCUAUCCGGGAAUAUCGGCCACUUUGCCCCGGAUAGAAGGCAAGGUCGAGAUCCGGCCCGAUGCCGGUUUCAGCGCACCCGUAGCCAUCUCUCUUGUACGAAUAUGUCUGCAACGGCGCGAGACCAUCCACCCAGCCGCGGAGAACGUGGCCAAGCGCCACCUUGGAGCUCCUCGACGGGACACGACUGACGUCGUGGGGAAAGAACUGCUCUUGUAUCGGUGUGCAACCGGCAAGGAAGCCGAGCACGUGGUUGCGAUGGACCUGCCGUUUGUUCUGUUCAUACCGUUUGGCCGAGGCGGCGAGGAGACGAAUCGGAGGAUACCGCCAGCCUCAUUACAACUUCCAAGCCGCACGGCAGAGACCUUCUACGAGCUUGUCGUCACUUUGCAGCAAGGUCAGGCCGUACGCCGGUUCGCCUUCCCGGUCCCGUUACAAAGAUAUGACACGUUGUCAACAUUCGGCAUGUACAAUCGCCCGGAAACGAAGAUAGCCACCGCAGACAGCAUCGUCACGUUAGGCGUUACAUUACCGAGGUGGAGCUACGGACCUAUGGACCCGAUCACGGUGUAUAUAAAGGUCGCGCCAAAUCUCGACUGGAUGAACAAGGCGAGGAAGGUCACGAUCCAGAAGAUCACGCUCUCGAUUGAAGAGGAGAUAACGUACAAUCCCGAAGGCGACGAGCCCACGAAAAAAAUCAACAAGCUCCAGAAGCACGCUCAAGUCGUUGGCACGAAACUGCCAGAGGCUGGUUAUGUCACGAACAUGGGUAUCAUUUUCCCCCACAAGGACCUGCGAGAUGCCAACGGGAUCAUGCGGAGACCACAGCCAGGAUUUCCAAACUACGAGGUGACGUCCUUCACGACGUCGUCGACGCUCUACAAGAUUGAAUUCUUCUUGAACAUCAAGGCGCAUCUGACGUCAGCACGGAAUAUCGAGCUGAGGCAGCCCAUUGUGAUCUGCCCCAUGGAUCACCAAGCCUGCAAGGAAGAAAUGGCGGCCAUCGAACAAGCCGCCAAGGACGCCUCAUCUGUUGACCAAAACAACCCAAUGCUUCCGGCCAGAUCGAUCAUAACGGCGAGCGAUCAAAACGCUCUGGCGACGCUGGGACUGUGCAUGGUUGGCGGGCAGAAGAAACCGCUCAUACAAUGA